CGUUUGAGCCCCGUCGGCCACCGUAUGACGCUGUUCAGGACGGAGGUUGAGCUAAGCUAAGCUAAGCUAAGCUAAGCUAGCUAAGGAGGGGUUGUUAUUGGUCACUGUUAUAUUGGCUGGGCUGCAACCUGUAUCUUAUUUUUUGCUAUAUAUAGCAGUAUUUUAUUUCCGCUGCUUUCUGUACGUUUGUUGGCGUGCAACCUGCUAACUUUACCACCAAAGACUUUUGGUAAGACAGUUGUUAAUAACUAGCUAGCGUUAGCUAAUCAGCGUCUAAGGUGCGUUAAUAGCGCACUGAGCUACAGAGACAUCAGGCAGCGGGUUGUGGCUGCCCAUUCAGGCUGCGGUCAGGACCAUGUCGUCUUCAGGUGGUCCCAUCUCUCCUUUCACCACCCUGGCCAUCAGUCACCCAGCAGAGUCCGUCACACACGUAGAGCUUCACCGUCCUGAGAAACGCAACGCCAUGAACAAAGCUUUCUGGAGUUUACCCGACAAUGACAGGAACCUCUGGGUUUUUUCUCCCAGUGAGAUGGUGGAUUGCUUUAAUGAGAUAGCUGGGGACCCAGACUGCAGAGUGGUGGUGGUUUCUGGAGCGGGGAAGCUCUUCACAGCCGGUAUUGACCUGAUGGACAUGGCCAGCGACGUACUCCAACCAGAGGGCGACGACACGGCCAGAAUUUCCUGGAACAUCAGAAAAACAAUCGCCAAGUAUCAAGAGACGUUCUCCGUCAUAGAGAGGUGUCCAAAGCCUGUUGUGGUGGCCGUCCAUGGAGCCUGUAUUGGGGGAGGUGUUGACCUGAUCACCGCCUGUGACAUUCGCCUGUGUACCCAGGACGCCUGGUUUCAGGUAAAGGAAGUUGAUAUUGGACUUGCCGCAGACGUUGGAACUCUCCAGAGACUUCCUAAAGUCAUCGGCAGCCGCAGCCUAGCGAAUGAGUUGGCUCUGACCGCCAGAAAGAUGUACGCCGAUGAAGCCAAGAGCAGUGGACUGGUCAGCCGAGUGUUUGCAGAUAAGGAGGCGAUGAUGGCCGGAGCGCUGGAGAUGGCCGGGGAGAUCGCUGGUCGCAGCCCUGUAGCGGUGCAGGGCACCAAAAUCAACCUCAUCUAUGCUAGAGACCACAGUGUAGCAGAGGGACUGGACUACAUGGCUACCUGGAACAUGAGCAUGCUUCAGACUCAAGAUGUGAUGAAAUCAGCUCAGGCGUCCAUGGAGAAGAAGAGCCCCAAGACGAUAGCUUUCUCCAAACUUUAAACCUCACUGAGGCAAGGUUCAGACAUAACACUAAAGCUGCUAUUUUAUUCCUCCAUUGUGGCCUUUCGAGGAAUCUGUGGCUAUGAGACUGAGAGGCUUGAAACCACUGUUGGAAAUAUGAUUAGGUCAGACAGUCCUUGGGAUUUGUAUUUUUGUGUAUCUGUAAGUGACUUACUGGAUGUUUUUGUUUUUUAAACAACAACUCAUCUGACAGUGACUGAUUUAAAGUAUCAAUAGUAAUCUAUUUGCUAAAAUAAUUUUGCAACAUCUUGCAACGGAAGUGCUGAUUCAGCCUGCAGAACUUGAGUGAAAAAAAAAAAAAGUAGACUCAAAUAACUUAAAAUGCUUUAUUAAUAAAACUUUACAAAAAUAAUUUAAAUCUACACAAGUAGAACUUGGACACAUUCAAAGCCAAUCACUGCAGAGGCUGCUUGGCACGAAGUUUCUGUAAGGUUUUCUGUGAAGAGAAAAAUAUUUUUCAAUCAACUCCAACUCAGAAUUCAUGCAACUACAACAACAUUGUUUGGUGCCCGCAGUUCUCUAAUAAGUGUAUAUAUUCUUUAAAAACUUGUUUUACCUUGUGGAACUCCUUGGCCUUCAGUCUGUUUUUUGCAUAAGCUUCCUGUCUGCUCUUGAUUGCUUUCUGAUGCUUCACCUCAUCCAGCUGCUCAUACAGUCUGCAGAAACACAUGAUUGCCCACAGAUACAUUGCACCAUUGUUGUUUUGUGAAUGCCACAUCUUUUGGAUGUAAUUCAAGCAACCAAAUUUUAGGUUUAACCCUUCAAAAAUCACUCUUCUUUGUAAGAAGAAAAAUAAAUCUAUGGCUGAAAGA